AUGCUAGGUCUACGACGCACCCCAGCCCCCUACAACGACCCCUCCGCCUGGGGCAUCGUGCCAGGAUGGGGUCUCGCCACCAUUACCGCGAGCACCCUCCCCAAUCGCACCCCCGGAACCACCCUCUGGGGCUACUGGCCCCCUCUCGUCCCACACCACACCCACUUCAUUGAAACCUCUCCACAUCGUCAAUCUCUCAUGUCGCUGUACAAUCGGUACAUUGUCUUCGAUAUCAAGGAUCGAGAUCUAGAUUCCCAGGCCUGGGAAUCUGUCCGGGUGAUCUUGAGUGCUGGCUAUCUAUUCAGUGAAUAUGUCUUUGCUUAUGACCCUGCAACACACCCUGUUACGGCUCCGUUCCCCGGCAGGCCCGGUGUGGAAUGGACUGCCGCCGAGGCGGAUCUUUUCAAUGCGGUGGUGAUUUCCCUCGCGGCGAGUGGGAAGACUGCCCGCUCCGUGGCGGUCCCCCUGGGAUUGUUGCAGGUGACCUCCGUGCCUGGGGUGAUUGGAGACGCGGGUAUGAUGGUCUGGAGGGGGGCGGAGGAGUGGUUGGUUGAACGGAAGCCGGAAAAGCUCGUGGUUGUGGAUUUUGGGGGUAGGGAUGGAGUGCAUCAGAAUUUGUUUGGGUUGAUUCAGCGGAAUGAGGUCUUGAGGGGGUCUAAGCUUGUGGUUUUGGGGGUUGGGUUUCAGCAGAAGGUUUACACCAUGGAAGAGGCCCUGGCGGGUCAGAAUGCGAUGCAACAGCUGGGGAUGAUCCAGUUCAACAUGUCGCCUAUUCUGGAUGCCGUGUUGGGUGUCAGGGAUCCGGUGAAGGUCUUUGAGGAGUUGGAUGAGCGCUGGAAGCAUUGGCUGGCGAAUCGCAAGUUGUUUGCCCCGGAUCUGCGUCUUCGAGGUUGGGAUCUUCUCGCUCAGAGCGAGGUGAAGCCGGAUGAAGUGUUGGUUUAUCGGGUUUAG